CCAUUUUUUCCUUCGUAUUGCUUAAUAUUAAGGGUCAAUGUGUUCACUGUUUUACUUCUCCAGCACUGGAGGAUGAAUCCUAUUUCUUAGUUAGAAAUCUGCCACUUUUCAGGACUGACAUCAAACUGGACUGACCCUUUACAAUAUGCGUCGCAGAGACUGGUUGCCAUGGCCCGGUGAGGCUCAGAGACGAGAAGAGAAGAGGGCCGAAGCCAGACUGGCUGAGGAUCUGCAGAGACUCGACCAGGCUAAACAUUACCACCUCAACACACUGAACAGAGAGCAGCGCAGACUACACAGAGAGCUCAUCUCAGUCAAAACAGGUAAUCCCUGGAAAAGAGGACUCCACAGUUUAGGGCUACGACCCUCCAACCAUGAUGUCGGGCGCCCUGCUGCAUCCUACAAGAGGACCCUAUUACCCAUCAUCCCACUGGCAGGCAAGGAGGCAGACAGGUCCUCCUCUCUGCAGGCUCGUGUUCAGGAGUUUAUCAGCAGUGGGGAGAAAAGCGCAGAACCCUCCGAGACUCUCUGCCUACCGGACCUAAAACGGCAGACUGUCACAUCUCUAACUGCUACAUGUACAAAUACAGAAAGAGAGGAGAGCAAGGAGAGACAGAUGGAUAGAGAGAGGGAGGCACACAUGGAGGUAGUGAGAGACAGAGAAAAAGACAGCCAGAAAGAGAGAGAGUGGAUGCUGUUAAGGGAACGAGAGAAAGAUGUUGAAAGAGGAGCUGAAAUAAAUGGGAAUAGGUGUCCAUCCUCUCCUGUUUUAUUCCCUUCUGAGAUGUUAGCUCCUGAUGGACAUUUAAGAACAGUUCACACAUUACCAAACUUUGCACAGGCCCUGGCCGAAGCAAGAAAAGCAAGAUACAUCAGACACAGAGGACACCCCUCGUGUGAGCGAGAACUCACCAUACGAGAGAUAUUUUCCCAGGAUUCAAGAGAUGCACUCGCUCUCUGAGACACAAAAACAGUGGUUCUCAACUGGUUUUGCUUCAAGAUCAGAUUUUUCAUUGGACAGCAAGUUGCGACCAAACAUAGUGCCAUAAUUGUAUUGAUGG